UCAAGUCCAAAUUCCUCGUUUCUUUAGUUCUCCCUUUCCUUUCUAGCUAUAUAUAUAUAUAGAUAUAUCCACUUCAAUUUCAUUUUCUACAUCAAUAUGACAGAUCGCAAGGUUGAUGAUCAAAUGAUACUCAUCUCUCAUCAGUUCUAUCCUCAUAUUUACGUUCAACUAACAGAAGAUCUACAAGAAGAGACGGUGAAACCACGGAGAAGGAAGAAUAAAAAACGCGAAGGGAAUAACAACACUAGUGUAGUAGUGAGGAAGAGGAAGCUUAGCGAAGAACAAGUUAAUCUUCUUGAACGGAGUUUUGGGGACGAGCACAAACUAGAGACUGAGAGAAAGGAUAAGCUUGCUUCUGAGCUCGGCCUUGAUCCUCACCAAGUCGCGGUAUGGUUCCAGAACAGGAGGGCUAGAUGGAAGAACAAGAAACUCGAGGAGGAAUACUCCAAGUUAAAGAUUCAACAUGAAACUACCAUCAUCGAGAAAUAUCGUCUUGAAACUGAGGUGCUGAAGAUGAAAGAGCAAUUGUGUCAGGCAGAAAAGCAGAUACAGAGGCUAUUAUUCGAGCGUAAUUGUGAUAUUUCAAGCAAUAGCCCAACUUCAUCAAUAUUCUCAAUGGAGCAACCACAGUUUAAUCUUGGGGAGUUUGGAAUGGAGGGACUAUUAAUGGAUAAUAAUGUCUUCUUUGUUGGUGACAAUCAAAGCACUUAUGCGACUCUUUGGGAUAAUUAGAAUGGGUUUAAAUUUAUAAUCCUAUAUGUAUGAUACUAUAAUCUGUUAUGAAUCAAUUGUCCACAUUGGAAAAAAAAAUAAAGAAAUGCUAAGGGAAUUAUUAGUCAAAUGGUCUCCCACCUAUUAGACUAGUCUUUUAGGUUAGGUUCUCUGAUUUGGCUUAUAACAUAUGUAGAAAUAAUAUGUACAUUCUUUCUUUUGCAAAUUGCUUAGUGGUUAACUAUUCUUUUCUUUUCUGUGGUACAUUCCCUUUUUCUUUUGCCUAAUGGAUAAUGUUACUCCUAGUAUUUGAUUAAGGGAUCAUUUGGUUCGUGGG